GUGAAGUUGGCGUGCGAACGAGUGAAGGCCCCCCGGUUCCCUGGAGUCCCGGUCCUGCGAGGCAGCCGAGGCGACGGUUUCCAAAUCGGAGAGCUGCUCUAGAAGCGUCUUCAGCCGCGAAGACGGCCGACGGGCGACAAACGAUGACGUAACAAGCGGGAAGAAAGGCCGUCGCCGCCAGGGGUUGACCUGUCGCAUAGCGGAAGGAGGGGGGAGGGGCCGGCAUGCGGUUCCACGGCGUGCACGGGGCCAACGUGCUCAUCGACGAAGGAGGCAAGCGAGCCACUAGGCUCACGUCCUUCUGCGACGCGGUCACGUUCAGCGCCAAGCCCGUGGCCGUCGGCUCGCGGCUCUCGCUCCAGCUCACGUCCAACGACUCCUGGACGGGCGCGCUGCGGCUGGGGCUGACCACGCACGACCCCGCCACCGCCGUGGUCAGCUCGACCGUGACGACGACGUCGACGGCGAACCCCGGCGGUGCGAUCGCGCUGCCUCGGUUCAGCUGGCCCGACCUGGCCUCCAAGCAGGGAUACUGGAUCCGACCACUGCCAGAGCGAUGGAUCGCUCACUGUUUCAAGCUCACCUUCUACGUGAAUGCACAGGGUCACUUUCAGCUUUUCGUAGACAGCGACUACAAAGGAGCCCUCUUCUCCGGACUGCCCACCAAGGAGCGGCUCUGGCUCAUCGUCGACCUCUACGGCAUCACCGGUCUCGGCAAAGUUCGUCACGCCAUCUCGGCACCGGUGGAAGUGGUCGCCCGCGGCCCGGACGCCGUGCGUGCGUACAAGCAGGCAUGCGCCGAAGGCAGCGUGCCGCUGUACCGCACGCGACUAUACAUCGUCGGCUGCCCCGGCGCCGGGAAGUCUAGCCUCAAGAGGGCGCUGCUCAAUGCCGGCGGUUCUGAGGGGGCCGCCGGGGAGAGGUCAGUGGUGGACGCGGUGCACUGCUGCCGGACGUCCGAGAAAGGCGACGGGGCACCGUGGACGGCGCUGCCCACCGAACUGCUGACCCGGACGCCCGAGGACGUCGACCAGAACUGGGUGGAACCGGACGUGGGCCACAUCAGCGACGCCGAGUACCACCAGGCCGUGGCCCUGAACGUGGUGCGCGAGAUGACGCUGCAGCAGCGCAAGCGACAACACCAGGAGGACCGACGCCGGCUGCUGGGCUCAACCCGGAGCUCGGUCAAGGGCCAGGGCGUACUUCGGCACCGGCACAACCACGCGCGUCACGCCGGAGUCACCGAAGGAUCGGCCGGGGGACACGGCAUGACGCGCUCGACUUCGGUCAAGUCGACUCACACUAAGGACACGCCCGUGGCAACCAGCUGGGACGGCAUGCCCCAGGACCUGCCGGCCGAAGUGGUGGCGCUGGUCGAACGCCUCCUGAAAGAAGCCGAAAGCAAACAAGACCUGGACGCCCGGGAGACCGAGAAGGGACCCCGGCUGACCUCGUCAUCGUCCUCGGGAGGCGGCAACGCCACAACCGGGACAGUCACGGCGCAGGUCACCAGCAGUCAGGUGACCUUCAUGAUCUGGGACUUCGACGGCCUGCCCAGGCACUUUAUCACCCACCAGGCAUUCUACUCGUCUCACGGCAUCUACCUACUCCUGUUCGACCUCACCAGGGACCUGAACGAGCCAAUUCACGUCCCGGACCAGACUCGAGGAAUGGAGGACCCGGGUUCUCCGCUGUCGACCAUCGACUACGUGCACCAGUGGCUCACCUCGAUCCACGUGUCGGCGGCGAGGACGCACCAGGACGGAGACUACGGGGCCGCCAAGGACGUGGAGGACGUGGACACGUCACAGCUGCUGCCCACCGUCAUCCUCGUGGGCACGCACCGCUCCAGGCUCCGAGGAAACGCACAGGCUAGGAACAACACGAUCUCGGAGAAGUUCACGCAGCUGCGAGACACGCUGCGCAACAAGGCGUACGGACGCCACGUGCUACCCAUGUACUUCGCCGUCGACAGCUGCGUGGAAACGUCGCCUCUGUCUCCGCCACCGGCGACGACGGAGUCCAGCGGCGGCGGCGGCGACUACGGGGCCAGCGACGACCCCGAGGAGGCCCUGGAGGCCCUCCGCCGCAAGGUGGAGCACGUGGCGGCCCGCAUGGACUGCGUGGGCCACGAGGUGCCGCUGAGGUGGCUCGCCUUCGAGAGGGCGCUCGCCAGGCUGCUCGAGAACGGCGUGUACUUCGCGAGCCUGUACCAGCUGGAGGAGAUCGGCCGUCAGGAAGGCAUCGAGAACGAAGAGGGCUUCCACUCGGUCGUGCACUUCCUGCACCAGCAGGGGAAGCUCGUGUGCUUCGGCUGCCAGCACCGAGGCACCGGGGUCGGCGCGCUGGACAGCCGCUGGGACGGCAUCGUCAUCCUCCGGCCGCAGUGGUUCCUCGACGCCCUUUACAAGCUGGUCGGCUCGGCGCCGCAGAAGCAGACCUGCUGGGAGGACGUCCCCAAGGGCAAGAAAGAGCCGGCCAGCUACAGAAUAAGCUACAAGCAGCUCAGAUCGCUGUGGAGCAACUCGACCGACCAGCUGGAAACAUUGGUGGCCGUCCUCAGUUCCCUGGACUUCCUGGUGGCGCACUACGAACGAAUUCCAUCGUGGUGCGCCUUACUGCGCUGGUGCGACUGGCGAGAGGCGACCUUCGUCAACGGCUUCGCCACCAUACCGUUGGACCGCGACAACGACCUGCUGCUCAAGCUGCACCAGACGGCGCCCAGCCAGAACCGGGGAAGGAUCCAGGUGGUCAUACAGAGGACGAGUACGAUGGAGAACUGGAUGGGCGGCAUCCCUCAACCCAGCAUCUGCGAAAAGGUGGUUCACCUGAUCGAGGCCGAGAUCGAGGCCCUCCGGGAGCUGUGGUACACCCGGCUCUGCUUCAAGUGCUUCGUCACGUGUCCCUGCAAGUCGUUGCCGUGCGCACUGCACUCGUCAAAGGACUGCCAGGACCAGAACUGCCUCCACUUCUUGCCUCUUGACGAAUGUCUGCACAGAAAGGUGGUGUACUGCGACUACAGGCGAGUCCAGACUGAGUUCGUGAGGCGGCACUUCCCUUACGCAUCGUUUCACGGAAUGAGGGGAUACAGCGCAGGACUGCGGCGCGCCUCGAGCGCCACCGCGGUGUGGGACCCGGACCAGCCGCCGCUGGGGUUCUCGGCCUUCGGCUGGGAGGAACGGUUCGGGCCCUGGGAGGAGCCCCCCUGGCUGCGGGACGCCGCCAAGCUGCUCGAGUCUGGAAAUACGGGACGCGACUGGCUCGCCCUCGCGAAGAGGCUCGGCUACACGGACAAGGAGCUGAGCCGCUUCGUGGAGGAGACGAGCCCGGGCGUGGCGCUGCUACGCGACUGGCGCGAGAGCAACGGAGCGACGCGAUACUGCAUCGACGUGCUCAUCUCGUGCGUGCAGCAGAUCAGCAGGCACGACGUCGCCAGGCUCAUACAGGAAGAGAUGGAGCCCGAAUCACUGGCGCCGCCGGUGUUCAUCAGCUACCAGUGGGACGCCCAGGAGGUGGUGCUGAACAUCCGCCAGCACCUCGAGUUCUCGGGAUUCCCCUGCUGGAUGGACGUGGGACAAGUGGGCGGCGGAGACUCGCUCUACGGAAAGAUCUACGAGGGCAUCAGCAGAGCAAAGGUGGUGUUGUGCUGCCUGACUCCGCGGUACGCCUCGUCGUCAUCGUGUGCCCGCGAGCUGAGCCUGGCCGACGUGCUGCGAAAGCCCAUCGUGCCCGUCAUGGUGGAGCCGACGCCCUGGCCCCCGCCCGGUCCCCUGGCCGUGGUGCUCAGCGCGCUCGUCUAUGUCGACCUCUGCGGCAUCGGCGGCCACGGGGGCAGCGGCCGGCGCGCCGACUGGGAGAUGCGCUUCCAGGAGAUCGUGGCGCGCGUGGCGCAGUUCUUGGCGCCGCCCACCAGCGCGCCCAGGCCGCACUCGAACAAGCACCGUGCCGCCGCAGCCACGCUCGCGCCGUUGCUCGCGCAGCACGCGACCGUGACCGGCCCCGCAGCCAGCACCAACGCCGCCUCGUCGACCAACGCCGCCAGGGCGGCGACACCGUCGCCCAGGCCCAGCUUCAGCCAGGCCAACGCGGCCCGGAACGACGACGAACGGGAACUACAAUCCGCCGCAUCCGUCCCAAUGGACGACGACCGAGAGUCCGACGCCAGUAAUCCGGGAUCGCCACAGUCCUGGGACCGACCGAACCGAGUGAUCAAUCGAGUUGUUCGUUGUUCCAUCUGCGCCAUCAUCUGACACAAGCGUG